UGAAGCCUAUAGUACUGUACUAAGUUUAUUAUGAGCUGCUGUUAUGAGUUUAAAGUUAUGAAGAUAUGUCAGUGGUGACUCAUCCUGCCGAUUUCUCCUGAUCAGUUGUUUUGGAUCUACAAUUUAACGAUAUUGUGAUGAAGGUGCACUGAGCUCGCAUGACCCUCGGAGUCUCUAUCCGGACGGUAUUUAUUAUAUUGAGAGAUUGUCGCGCUUUUCUAUAAUUUGCGCGUCCGUCAAACCUCGCCAGAGCGCGCGCGCGCGAGAGAGAGAGUCAGGCGGGUGUUCGCGGUUUAAUGUGUGUUAAAGUGCUGCCGGUUGGACAAUGAAGAAGUUCUUCGACGGCCGACGGGAGACGGUGAGCUCCGGGCCCGCGUCUGGAGCCGCUGCGGGGGGCGGCACGGGGUCCGGCGCGUUUAUCGGACGCGUUUUCUCCGUUGGACGAUAUCAGGUGACCGCGGAGGAGACUGUGGCGGAGGGUGGUUUUGCUAUCGUUUUUCUGGUGAGGACUCAUCAGGGCGUCCGUUGUGCACUGAAGAGAAUGUAUGUCAACAAUGAACAUGACCUUCAAGUAUGCAAGAGGGAAAUUCAGAUUAUGAGGGAUCUUGUGGGUAACAAAAACAUCGUUGGUUUCCUGGACUCCAGCAUCACAGCUGUAGGAUCAGGAGAGGUUUGGGAAGUUCUCAUAUUGAUGGACUUCUGUCGAGGUGGCCAGGUCGUGAACCUGAUGAACCAGCGCUUGCAGACAGGAUUCAGCGAGACGGAGGUGCUGCAGAUCUUCUGUGACACAUGUGAAGCUGUUGCUCGACUACAUCAGUGCAAAACUCCCAUCAUCCACCGGGACCUCAAGGUGGAGAACAUCUUGCUGCACGAGAGAGGACACUAUGUGUUGUGUGAUUUUGGCAGUGCCAUUAACCGCUCCCAGAAUCCACAAACAGAAGGUGUGGCGGCCGUAGAAGAAGAAAUCAAGAAGUACACUACGCUUUCAUACCGGGCCCCAGAAAUGGUGAAUCUAUAUGGGGGCAAAGUUAUCACUACUAAAGCAGAUAUAUGGGCUUUGGGCUGCUUGUUGUACAAGUUGUGUUAUUUCACGUUGCCGUUUGGAGAGAGUCAGGUGGCCAUCUGUGACGGCAGCUUCACCAUCCCAGACAACUCUCGCUACUCACACGACAUGCACGCUCUCAUCCGUUACAUGCUGGAGCCAGACCCUGACAUAAGGCCAGAUAUCUACCAGGUGUCAUAUUUCUCCUUUAAACUGGCACGGAAAGAAUGCCCAGUACCGAAUAUCCACAAUGCACCUCUUCCAGCUAAACUCCCAGAGCCAGUCAGAGCCAGUGAAGCCGUGGCCAAGAAGAGUCAAAACAAGGCCAGGCUCACUCAUCCAAUCCCUGCGACUGAGACAUCCAUAGCACCACGCCAACGUCCCAAGGCUGGCCAAGCUCAACCAAUCGCAGGCAUCCUGCCCAUCCAACCAGCCCUCACCCCACGCAAGAGAGCCAAUGCACCUGCAGGACCCAGCCAGCCAAUCAGUAUUAAUAUGGCUUCCCAGCCUGUUGCCCAAUUGCAGGUUCCUGUCAGUCAGCAACAAGCCACGCCCACUCCUCUGCAGGCCACUCCCUCUCCACCCCAGACCACACCCCAGCACGCACAGCUUUUUAUGCAGCAGCAAAAUACAGCCUUUACUGCUCAACAACAGCAGCAUCACUCAGCACAGACCUCCGUCUUACCUGCACAUAUGGUUGCCUCAUCCUCCACCCCUGUUUCUACACAGUCUAAACCUAAGAACAGGGCUCCCCCUCCACCCAUGCACCACCCUCAAACCAAAGGCCUGACAACAUUAUCAGCGACCGCACAGACAAAAACCAAAGCGACGGCCCCAGCUCCGCCCGCAGUGUGUUCACAAAGUAAUAGUGUAGAGGGUGAAAUCACUGCGACCGUGUCUGCCCAGCCUAAAACCAAAGCUAUGGCACCUCCGCCCCCUGCACCACAUGCCUCCACCCUUCCUCUGCCUAAAACCACCUCAGCACCAUCCGCUGGCUCUGAAGUGGACCCAGAGCAGAGGUCUGUCGGCGGAAGUUGUGGGGUGCAUAAAGUCGGCUCCUUGACUCCACCCUCUUCUCCAAAGACCGCCCCAAAAGGAGGCCACAGACGAAUUCUGAGUGAUGUCACACACAGCACCAUAUUUGGAGUUCCUGUGAGCAAGUCCACUCAACUGCUUCAAGCUGCUGCUGCAGAGGCCAGCCUAAACAAGUCUAAGUCAGCUAGCACCACUCCCUCUGGUUCUCCCUGUUCAUCACAGCAGAGUGUUUAUCAGUCAGGGGAGGCUUCUGGAGCCACAGCAUCCUGGAACCCUUUUGGCGAUGACAAUUUUGCUAAACUCACAGCAGAAGAGCUGCUUAACAAGGAUUUUGCCAAGCUGGAUGCUCAGACCGCAGAGAGACCCUGUCCUGAAAAUCUGAUUUCUGGGUUGCAGUCUGUGUCUUCCAGUAAAGACUUUAUCCAAGGAGGAGAGAAGUUGAGCGAGGGUUUGAAGUCUCCAGAGCCCUCUUCCUCCCUGAUCCUCCCUGACCUUCCCUUGAAUGACCCCUUCAGCUCUGCAGACUGUAGUCAUGCUGGGAUGGAUUCUCUGAUCCCUGGUCUGGGUCCUCUCCAGACUGAUCCUGGGUCAGCUGCACUUCCAGACUCUUUGGUGGGACAGGAUUCUCUGUUGGACGGGCCGCUUCUCUCCCACCCCUCCACUGGGGGUCUAAUUCUGGCCUCAUCACCCUCAUCUCUCCCUGCACCAUCUAUGGACCAGUUUACCACUACUGCUUUGAGCAGUGGACCGUACCACCAGGCCUCUGAUCCAGCUCAGCUGCUCUCAGUCUUCCAGUCCUCUGAGACUGGGGACCAAAGCUCAGACAACCAGUUUGACCCAAUUCCAGUGCUUCUCUCCAAAAGCUCCAGCCAAGAAGCCAGAGGCAAGAGUGAUGGAUAUGAAUCGCUUUUGGAGGGAGGUGACCUCAAGAACCCUGUGGAGGAGUGCUGUCUUCAUUCCAGUGAUGAAGACGAUGGAGAAAAAGAAGGGGGGAAGUUACAAGUGAGUGGUGAAGAAAUGCCAAGUCUAGACUGUAGUGGCUCCAGACCGUUACUUCAAGACUCGGAUGACGACGACAACCAAAGUCCAGCAUCUUCCAGAAACCUCCAGAUGUCUUCCCAAUCCGAGAAACCAGUUGAAAACCAGUCCUCUUUGGUUUCUCAAAACCACUCGCAAUCACAAGCCCAGCAUUCAGGCGCAGAUCCAAGCGCCGACGUCUUCUCCAAAGCUCCGUUUCGAACCGGACAAGACGUAGACGCCGAUGGGGACGUGUUCGCCAAUGCACCUUUUCCUCGCCUUCCAGCUCAGCCUCGACAGCCUGAUAUUUUCCUUCAGGCGCCCUUUGGUAGGAAGAAGGAAGCUUCUGGAAAGGUUUACACCAAUUCAAGAUUUUUACAUUCCCAUCCGGGCUCUUCCCUUGACCAGAGCAUCCUCGCCCAAGUGACCCCUCUGCCCUUUCGCCCCCAGGCACUUUCUAAGUAUUCCCGACACUACGAAGGACCUGUGAACACAGACCCUGAACACAGCUCUGUGACAUCUGAGGUGACCUCUGCUGACCCGUUUGUCUCGGCGCCCUUCCACCUUAAAGGCCGUCAAGAGAAACACUGAGAGAACGGCAUCUGUGAAACCGGACCGUACUACUUCGGCCCCCUAAAUGAUAAUGAAAUGAUAAUGAAAUGCUGUAUACUGAGUGUAAUUUAUUCAAGAAUGAAGCACAUUUAUUGCCUCUGGUGGUCUAUCUCUGGGUCAGCGUUUGAUUGUGAUUGUGAUCUUUUGCUACCUCAGAUCAUUCUCAUGCUGUCGAGCUUCAUUUCUGUCCAUGUCCACAGAAAACGGAUUCAGCAAGAAUUAUUUCCACUAUUAUGAAAUGUUUGUAUUAUUCUCCCAUCCUUUUACUGAUGGUUUUCCCACUAUCACUGGCAGAGUCACACAUCCUGUCCAACUAUUGAUAAUAAAAUAUAUGUAAUAA